GCUGCCCCGCCCUGCCAACUGGAUUGGCGACGGGUGGUGUGCGGGCGGUCUCGUUGGGUUCAUCUGGACGUCCAUCACCACCAUCACUACCGAGGCCAGCGUGACCUGGGCGGCCGUCUACGCUCCGUUCCUCUGCCCGCCGCCCGUGGCCUUGAGCCUUGAGUAUCCACACGACGGGCCGGAGAGCUCCCACGUCCUGGGCGAGGGCGCGGCGGGAUCGUCGAUGGAAAUCCCCAGCUGGCUGCUGCUGCUGGUGCUCGGCGGCGGGGAGGCUGUCUACACGCCAUGGGGCGGCUUCUACGUGGAGCAGGAGACCGACUACCACAACCCGGCCUCGCUCACUGGGCGGAAGGGUUCCCCGACGGGCGUCCUGUCGGCGGUGGCGUUCAGCCGGGCCCUGGAGCCGGACGACGCGGCUGAGCUAGCUGGUCACGAGGGGGCGCGCCGAAACCGCCGUGAUGACGGGGGUGACGGGCCCGAUCCCAGCGAACCCGAGUCGGUGGACUGGAGGGGUGGCCGGCUGGACCAUCCAGCCUGCUCCCUGGGGCAGGCGCCCCGCCUCAUUGCCUCGGGCCGCCGGCUCCGAGGCAAGCAAGCCAUGUCCUUCCUCGUCGGUGACGCCGAGGGCGCGGGGGCCGCUGUCGUGCCAGCGUCGGAGCCGGGCGGCGGCACGCCCACGCCUUUGCCGGAGGCUGCCGAUGGUUACGGCUGGCUGCGCGGCGAUCUGGCCUGCUGGGACGGGGGUUUUGCCUUCGGCGCCGAGCUGCGCCCUGGCCAGCCACCUCGUGUCGGACUGAGUGGGCCGGGCGAAUGCGGCAUCGCCGCUGGCCGCAGCGGAAGACAUCACCCAGUGGAGCUCGUUGAGUUCGGCCGCGCGUCGGAGUGGCGCGAGGCCAAGCUGCCGGGGCCUCCCGGCUCCGAGGCGGCCGAGGUCGACGACCUCCGUGUGCGCUGGGUCGACUACGACGACGCGGGGGUCAGGUACAAGGGAUGGAAGAAGGUGCUGCAGGAGGCCACUCAGGAGAGCGCCCAGACGGCUGGGCUCAGAGGGCCCCCGGUGUGCCUCCCCGUGGGUGUGAAGCUCCACAGGCACGGCAGGACGCCCAAGGUCUGGUUCGCGGAGUGGGCUCGCGGGACGGGCAUCUCGCGCAAGGACCGGGCCUGGCCUGAGGUUGAGUGUCUCAUCGAGUGUCUCUGGCUGGUCGGCAGCGACGACCAGCUGAACGUGGACGCCGCCGCGGCCCUGGAUGCGGUCGCCCGGCGUCUGCUGCAGCACGUGGAGGCUUACGCGGGGGAAGUGGGCAAUCCCCAUUGGAGCGCGGCCAAGCACUUCAGCGCCACCUCCUCGGCCCUGGACCUCGUCUCCAAGGGGGUGCGCAUGCACGCCGCGCGGCGUGCCAAGGACGAGCUGGAGCUGAGGCGCGCGGCCGCCGGCCACGUGAUGCUGGGCGCCCAGGGCGACGACGGCCCGACCGUCGCCCGCGAACCCCAUAGGGCGCGUGCCUUCCUGCCUCUCCCUCCGCUGAGUGCCGUGGGCAUCCCUGCGGCCGCCGCGGGCGGGAGGCGCAGACGGCUGCUGCGAGACAUCAACGCGGCCAUUGAGGCACUGAAUUGGAUGCAUGGAUCCUCGUACCUACGGCCGCCUUGUGCGGAGGGUAGCGAGAGUUGGCACGGCGACUUUCACUCGCGACCCGGCCUUCGCGCUGGGAGCCUAGCCUUCUUCGUCACCAAAAAGGCCGACAAGCUCAAGCUGAUCGUCGAUUGCCAGCGAGCCAGCCAGCUGGUUCAGAAGCCCCCAGGCGUCGCCCUCCUGAGCGGCGAGGGGCUAUCCAGGGUGGAGAUCGACGACCCCGAGGGCCUCCUGGAGGGCUUGCCGGUCCACCUCGGCGUCGGGGGCGUCGCCGACUGCUUCCACAGGAUGAGGUUAGUGAAGACGGUCGACGGGGCGAGGCCGGACGAGAAGAUUUGGCCCAUGUGUGCGAGCCUUCCGAUGGGCUUCUCGCGGUCGCUGCACUUCGCCCAGACCGCGAACGCCCAGCGCCUGGGCCGCCAGCCCGCGCUGCGGCAGAGCCAGGAGCUUUCGGACCGGGGGUCUUCCCUGGUCCUCGGCGGGCCUUCCGCCUUGGCAGGGUCUGGCCACUACAUGUAUGUCGACAACGCUGGCGCCCUCUCUUUUGACGGCGACCUGGUGGGCCGCGCUCUGGCGGAGGCCCAGAGGGACUUCGACGCCGACGCGCUGCGCUUCCACGAGAUGGAGGUCUUCGACCACGGCGGGAGUGAGCUCAGCGCUGGUCGCAUCGUGACGUGGCCGAACCGCCUGGGCGGCACCCGAGCCCGAGAGCACGUCUUCGAGGUUGCCGGCUUCGAAGUGGACCCUGAGAGCGGCGACGCGGAGCGCGACUUCCUGGGCCGGCCCGCGCGGCUCGACAGGGGGGCGAGGGAGAUUCUGGAGUCGGCGCGGUGGGAACGCAAUGAGGAUUUUGCUGAGGUGCCCAGCCGCCUCCUGGCCGGCGACCGCUGGCGCGCUAUUAUCGCUGAUCGCUGGUUGCACGCCGACGACAUUUUGCGCCUUGAAGCCAGGGUUGCGGUCAAGGCAGGAGCUCGCGCCCUGCGCAUAGGGACCGUGAAGAACUGUCGGGCCCUGCUGCUCGGUGAUAAUCUGGCCAUCACGCUCUGUUUUGCUCGAGGGAGGCCGAGGGAUUACAGGGUGCUUGUGCAACUAAGGCGACUCUUUAGUUUGGCCCUCGCUCGGAAUGUCCGACGCUAUUUCCGAUGGAUCCCCAGUGAGUUCAAUUCUGGGGACGAGGGUG